UUAUCGGAGGAUAAAUGCCAUUAGGGAAGGAGUAAAAGGCACGUAUUUGUCCAAUAUCUGUAUCUGAAACUUUAAAGUGAAGUUGCCUUUAAGACGUUACUCUCGGAAACGCUAAAACCGGUGAGUGAGAGGGAGAGUGCGUGGUGUUUUGUCAGGGUGUGUCAGAGGCAAUGUGAGAACCUGACGUGUAGAACUUUGUGGAGUUUUCUGGUGCGUUAAAUUCAGUGCAGAGCAACAUGUCUCAGGACAAGACGACAGUCUUAAGUUGUGCUGGGGGAAGUUUAGGUUGGACAUUAAGAAGAAUUUCUUCACAGAAGGGGUGAUUACAUAUUGGAAUGGGCUGCUCAGCGAGGUGGUGGAGUCAUUGUCCCUGGAGGUGUUUAAGGAAAGACUGGACGUGGCAAUUAGUGCCAUGGUCUAGUUGAAAGGGUGGUGUUCAGUCACAGAUUGGACUCGAUGAUCUCAGAGGUCUUUCCCAACCAAAUUGAUUCUGUGAUAUGAGACGGCAAUAUAAUCAGUGUUUAAUAGUGUAACUAUUAAUAGUUUAACUAUACUGUCCGGUUUUUAUCAACGAGGUCAAAAUGUGUUGUAGGAUAAAUUCUCGUGGAGCUGUGCCUUGUUUCCAUAAUCUGACCGCUGUAACUUCGGAUGCCGCUGCUUCAAUUUUCAUUAAUACUGAACUUUUCAGUUCUUUUCUUUCUUCCUUGCAAGUAACAAUAUGAGAGGAAAUCAAGCCUUACUUGAUUGAAAAGUUGGAUGUUAUAGUUUCUUUAUCAGGCUGUUUUCUAAUUAGGACCAGGCAGACACUGCUUUAUACCCACUGGAGCUCACAAACUGGAAAUUCAGACUUAUUUAAAGUCAUUGCUUAAUGUAUUGCAUUUAAAUGAAUGAGUGGGACGAUGUAUCCUUGUAUACUCAGUAACAGGACUGAUUAGGGCUCUUGAAUGCUUUUUUUGCUCUGUUAGCACUAUCCUAUUCCAGGACUACACUUCCCAGUAUGCUCUUCCCUGCAAACAGCACAUGCUUUAAGGCAACAGACUGUUGCCCAAGUCAGCAUGGUAAGCGUAAGGUGUGAUACUCCUGUGCCAAACCAGAGCUGUGGUUUGAGGAUGCAAAGAAGUCCCAGCUGAAGUACUCCUGACCACUUCCCUGACUUCGUGUGUUCCCCCUGUCCCAUAACAUCCACUCUUGGUUCAAGCCAGCCAGGCUCAGAUUUGUCCGGUGACUCCCCCAAUUUGGUGACCGAAUCAUUCGGGUUACUUGGCUCUGCAUUUGUUUUGCUGGCACAGAGGGAGGAUGGCAUGGAAGAGGGCACAAGCAGGUGUGGGGGCACCAGUGCUACUUUUGGAGUUACACUGGUUUGGAGUCUUCAUUGAACUGUUUGACCCAGUCGUGGUGGGGCUGCCCCAAACAGAGCUUGAACCUGUGUAAGUCACAUAGCUGCACACACACAGAGCUAAUUUGUGUUACAGAGAAGUCCACGGAGCACUGGCAUUGGUGGAAAUAUUUGUGUGAAUUGGCGAGUGGGAGGAACGGAGGUUCUCCCUCUCCUGGAAGCAGCCGAGCUUUUAUAUUGUCUCUGUGACUGCUGAACGCUGGAGUCGUUGCAGUGACUUGAGGGAAUCACACAUGCUUUGGGGUGCUGUGCUCAGCCCCACCCUCCCUGAGAGAGCGCCCAGUGGGGGACAUGGCAGGGCAGAGGAGGACGGGCAGGAGCUGCUGAAGUGUAAUUUGCUCUUUGACACUCAUUUCGUGGUGGUACUGGAUUGCUUCUGUGACAUGUGCUGUGCUUGGAUUAGUAUCCAAAUUGAUGCACAAAAAUUGCGUGGCUGCACAAGAAAAAAGGGGAGUGUACAGGCUGAGCUAUUGAUGAGAGACUGGAGCCUGGGUUUGGGUCAGUUUUGGAUCCAGGUGUGCUCUCCCAAACCUGCAUCCUGGGGCUGCAGUUCUGCAAGAGUCUGGACUGACCUGAGUCAGUUGUGACACAGUCUUACAGCCUCCCCAUGCCACUAUUGAUCCAUAUCCACUUCUGCACUGAGCUUAUUCUCAGCCCUAACUUGCUGAAAAGAAACACUCAAAAACAUUUUCUGGGGGUCCAGUUUACUGAACCUCCAGAUUCAAUAGUCUUAAGUCUUCUCAACAAGACUUGAGACUGUUCUGAAUAGCUUAUUAAAGCUGUGCAAGUUUUCCUUCAGCUUUGGUUUUGAUCAGUCAUUUUUAUUCCGGUGAUCCCAUAGAAAAACUAGUUGCACAGUUUUGCUCUGCUUCCAAAUUCCAAGGUCUGUUUACUUCUUGUAGGGCUAUCAAUAAUGAAACCUUUGUCUUUUUCUCUUGAUACCUCUGAUUUGUCCAGAAUAGCUGAGGCUGGGUUUUUUGUUUUGUUUGGGUUUUUGUGUGUGUGUGUGUGUGUGUGUGUGUCUUUGCUUUAGGAUCACUGUCUUGUUGAGGAAAACUUUCUUGCAGCUAUUGUUAAUUAAAAAAAAAAAAAAAAGAAGGCAAGAAAGCCAAAAUGUAGGUGUUUGAGUUCUUAAAAAUAUUUAAAAAAAAAAAUCCAUAAACUUUAUUUUAAAGGAGGUCUGUUGCCUGCCUGUACUAAUUGUGUUUGUGCUUCCGUUGUUGAGUGGUGCUUCUGAAUGUUAGUGACAUGCAAAAAAUGCUAAGAAAGUGUUAAUAGGUUUAAUAAAUUUAGAACCAAGUAAAUGAAACUUGAGUUUUCAUUUUUAAGAGUACUGUUGCAAUGACGUGACAGAUAACUCAGUGAGAGGUACCAAAGGCAAUUAAUUGAGCUGUAUUUUGGCAUUUGAGGAACUGUGCCUGUCAGACUAGCAUAGUACAAUUGCUAAAGGCAGUGUGAUUUAAACAGUGAUGGCAUUAUUAAUAAAGGGUUAAAGCAGCAUUGUGGUCAUUUAAAUUGCAAUACAAAAGGUCCCUUGGGAGCUCUAAUUGUGGUGGUAAACUUACAGUUAUAGUAAACCUGAAGUCCUAAGUGGUCCAGGUGUGGUGUUAGAUUUUGAUGGCAGAGCUCUGUAGCAAGAGUUUCGAACUAUGUGGUAGUGUGAAUAUAUUUGACUGUUUUCUUGAAUGGGAAGAUAGUAUUCAUCUCUGCCUUUUCUCCCUCAGUUCCUAAAGGACUUGUCAGUAUGAAUCUGAUGUAGAAAGCAGUGAGAACAAAUCACAUCAGAAGAUCUGAUACCACAUGGUGGUGGUUAGUGGUGCAUCUCUUGCUUCCCUUCAGGUUUUCUGUUUGGUUUAGCAGCUGAGAUAUUCAUGGGGAAAGGAAUCCUCGCUGUUGUUUCUGGCUUUUGGUCUCAUGUCUGGAAAGCUAUUUUGGGGUAUUGGGAGAAGGAAUCACAGAGUCACAGAAUGGGUCAGGCUGGAAGGGACCUCAGUGGGUCCUCUGGGCCAACCUCCCUGCUCAGGCAGGGCCAUCCCAGAGCACAUGGCAGAGGGCUGUGUCCUGAGUAUCUCCAGUGAGGGAGACUCCACACCCUCUCUGGGCAGCCUGUCCCAGUUCUUGUUCACCUGCACAGUAAAGAUGUUCUUCCUCGUACUCAGGUGGAACUUCUGUGCAUCUGUUUCUGCCCACUGCCUCUUCUCCUAUUGAAUAGUGGCUGAAGAAGCACACUUGCAGUCUACAGGAAUUGGAACUGAAUUUAUUCAUCCACUUCUCCAAGCCUUUUGAAAAGUGACUAAAUGCAACUGAGUCAGAUUGUCUGUUGGUAUGAAGUGGCUGGGAGAAUCCAAGAACAUGGUAGUGAAUGGCCGGAGAAGUGGAAGCAAGUCAUCUAAUGACCACGCACAGACCAAAUUGCAGCAUGCAGGAAAGGAGAAUCCAAAGACGGGCAAAAAUGGAGUUGAGAGAAGAUCAAGCAGAUGUAGCAGUGCUUCAGGAUUUGAGGGACAAAGUCGUUAUGUGCCUUCCUCUGGAAUGUCUGCCAAGGAACUCUGUGAAAAUGAUGACCUAGCAACUAGUUUGGUUCUUGAUCCCUAUUUAGGUUUUCAGACACACAAAAUGAAUACUAGAUUUCGACCUAUUAAAGGAAGGCAAGAAGAGCUCAAAGAGGUGAUUGAACGUUUUAAGAAAGAUGAGCACUUAGAAAAAGCCUUCAAGUCCUUGACGUCAGGUGACUGGGCCCGGCACUAUUUUCUUAACAAGAACAAAAUGCAGGAAAGGUUGUUCAAGGAACAUGUAUUUAUUUAUUUACGAAUGUUUGCAACUGACAGCGGGUUUGAGAUACUGCCUUGUAAUCGGUAUUCUUCUGAGCAAAAUGGAGCCAAAAUUGUUGCAACAAAAGAAUGGAAGCGAAAUGAUAAAAUAGAAUUACUUGUGGGCUGUAUUGCUGAACUAUCAGAAAUGGAAGAAAACAUGCUGCUGAGACAUGGGGAAAAUGACUUCAGUGUCAUGUAUUCCACACGAAAAAACUGUGCACAACUAUGGCUUGGUCCUGCUGCAUUUAUCAAUCAUGAUUGCAGACCUAACUGUAAGUUCGUAUCAACAGGCAGAGAUACAGCAUGUGUGAAAGCUCUAAGAGAUAUUGAACCUGGAGAAGAAAUCUCUUGUUAUUAUGGAGAUGGGUUUUUUGGAGAAAACAAUGAAUACUGCGAGUGUUACACCUGUGAAAGACGUGGAACUGGUGCUUUUAAAUCAAGAGUGGGAUUGCCAGCACCUACUCCUGUGAUUAACAGUAAAUAUGGACUGAGAGAAACAGACAAACGAUUGAACAGACUUAAAAAGUUGGGUGACAGCAGCAAGAAUUCAGACAGCCAGUCUGUCAGCUCUAACACUGAUGCAGAUACCACUCAGGAAAAAGGUAAUGCAACUAACAGAAAAUCUUCAAUUGGCGUAAAAAAGAACAGCAAAAAUAGAACAUUAACCAGACAGUCUAUAUCAAGAAUUCCAGCAUCAUCAAACUCUACCUCAUCUAAACUAACUCAUAUAAAUAAUUCCAGGGUACCAAAGAGACUGAAAAAGCCUGCAAAGCCUUUACUUUCAAAGAUAAAGUUGAGAAAUCAGUGCAAAAGGCCAGAGCAAAAGAAUGCUUCUCGAAAGCUUGAAAUGGGAAAUUUAGUUCUCAAAGAGCCUAAAGUAGUUUUGUACAAAAACUUGCCCAUUAAAAAGGAUAAAGAAUUGGAGGGACCAGUCAAAGUUGCAGUCUCUAGCGGAUGCUUAACGAGGCAUGCAGCAAGAGAACAUAAACUGAAUUCUGUGAAAGGUGCUUAUGAGCAUGGUGAUAUUGCACCCUGCACAUACAUCACAAGGAGGUCAAUGAGAACAAGGAUGAGUUUGAAGGAGACCUCUGACACAAAGCUUGAACCAAAUACAUUGGAUAGCUAUAAGAGUAACUUGACUGGAACACAAUCGGACAUUGCAGAGCAGCAGUCUCGUGCGUUAAAUGACAACAAUGUGGCUCAUGGACCAUCACAUAAAGGAGAGGGUCGGUGCCAGAAAAGUGAUGCAGGCACAUCAAGAAAGAAAUCUCGACAAGGAAAGCUUGUGAAACCAUCUUCAAAAACAGAGGAAACUGAUACUAUGCACAACACGCCUAUGAAGGAUGAAGUACCAGAUUUGAUUAGUUCUCAUUCAGAACUCGAAGAGAGGAAUAAUGUGGUGGACACACCUGUUGGGUUUAAAGACUGUAUCCCUGGAUCUGGUGGCUGCUCUGUUACAACUGACAAUUUUAAAGCAAAAGACAGCUUUAGAACUGCAAAAAGUAAAAAGAAAAGACGAAUCACGAGGUAUGAUGCACAACUUAUCCUUGAAAAUAGCUCUGGGAUCCCUAAACUGACUCUUCGUCGGCGCCAUGAUAGCAGUAGCAAGGCAAAUGAUCAAGAGAGUGAUGGAAUGAAUUCUUCAAAAAUAAGCAUAAAAUUAAGUAAAGACCAUGAAAAAGAUAAUAAUUUAUAUGUAGCAAAGCUAAAUAAUGGGUUUAACUCAGGAUCAGGCAAUAGUUCAACAAAAUUAAAAAUACAGCUAAAACGAGAGGACGAAAACAGAGGGACAUACCCAGAGGACCUUCAUGAAAAUGGUGUGUGUUGUAGUGAAACUCUCUCCCUUUUGGAGUCGAGAAUGGAAGUAGAUGAUUAUGGUCACUAUGAAGAGGAAACAGCAGAUGAAUCUUCAUCAGAAGAGGACGAUGAAGAGGAAGAUGACUAUGAUGAUGAAUUUGAUGACUUUAUUCCUCUUCCUCCAGCAAAGAGAUUAAGGCUUAUUGUUGGCAAGGAUUCAAUAGAUAUUGAUAUUUCUUCCAGGAGGAGAGAAGAUCAGUCUUUAAGGCUCAAUGCAUAAGCUUAUAGGUCUUAAACUGACCUGGAUGUCAUUUCUAAAAAAAAUUUAAAAAAUAAUAAAAAAUAAUAAUAAUAGAAAACCCAACAAAAAUUCCAUUUGAUUAUUCCUCAACUAAAGAACUUUCGGGAAAACUUAGUGGCAGCACUUCUUUAUUCACCUAUCAGCGUAAUAUUGUAGAAAGUGUACAGCAUACUGACUCUUCUUAAGUCUGAUUUGUGCAGAUUUUUAUUGUACUUUUUAAUAGCCUUCUUAUGUGCAAUUCCAAGUUAGAGGUAAUGCUCUGUUGUAAAAUAAAGGCUCAAGCAAAGUUACGAAAUUGCAUCAGAUCUUUCCAUGCAGGACAAUGAGAAUACAGUGUGGCUACAGAAUUAUUUUUGAUCAGUAGGAGCGUUAGUUUGCUCUUACAAUAUUUGACUAAACAAUUUACAAAAUCAUAGUAGCAGCAUAUUAAGGUUUUCUAGUAUAUGUUAACAUCACCAGCAAUGAUCUACAGCUUUCCAAUUUAUUUGCUAGAUGGUUUUUCCCCCUUGGAGUUUGUCAGUUUUAACACUGUAUGCUGUCCCAGACGUACUGUUUGUGGCCUUUGUUAUAGUAGCAAACCGUUGGUUGGAAGUCAAAUUGAUUUCUUUAAAAAAAGAGAAAAAAAAUAUGAAAAGGUGUUGACAAUUUGCUGACUUUUUAGUACAUUAUAUGUACAAGGGUAGCAGUAUGCAGAAUAAAGUUUGGAUAUGGUGUAUUUAUUGCUUGUUACGUAAAUUAAACACCUUGUAUUUAACACUUUUCAAUACUUUUAGAUAAAAUUGUUCUUUGCAAGAAUGAUUGGUGCUUAUUUUUUCAAGAAUUUGCUGUGAAAUAAUGUGAUUACGACGGGCAACAUUUAUCCAAUGAACUGCAGCUAUCCUAAAUUGGUUCUUCAUAUUUUUCUGUUGCACUUGUAAAAUGCUACAAGGAAUUUAAAGAAAAAUCUAUUCACUUUAACUUAUGAUAGUUUUAUCAAAUUAAAAACAACUAAGUCACAGCUUUUGUUCUGUGGUAACCUAAGAAUUGUUUGUCUUUUAAGAACCAGUUGUAAAAGAAUGAAAAAAUAUGUAUAUGUUGUAAAUAUUUGUGUGUUGUGAGAAAUUUUGUCAUAAGAAAUUGAGAUAACUUGCCAGAAAGGUUUUUAAGUUUAGAAAUACAUCCAUGCCAAUAAAAUAGGAAACUGUAAACCUAGUUUUAAACUCUGCAUCAGUUGGAGUUCUUCACUCAUACAUAAUUCACUUAAUACUUCAGAGUCUGCUUUAUAACAAUGAAGAGCAUCAGGGCGAUCUUUGGCUCUUUGGUUUUUAAUAAAAGAAUGUUAGGAAA